UCGGCUGAGCUUCGUAACAAAUGUAGACGCAGCAGCUGCGCUGCACAGAAGACCGAGCGAUCGGCUUAUAAACUAGAGCUGCGUUACGAGCUAAAUAACGGGCAUUUAAAAAAAAAAAAAUUACAUUCGGAUCCUAACGGCCUGCUAAUAUUGAUAUUUUGGCGCGUUUCUGUGCGGAUCGGCGGCCGUUAUUGUAGCAGCGCGCGCGAGACGGUGGAUUUACCUCAGAAAAACCGAACCGAACACCGCGGAUAUUUCACCGGAAUAUUACGUGUUUACGGCGAGCAGGAGAAGCGUUCGCCACACACCGUCACCCGCUCGGUUCACAGGUCACGGGGUUCUCGGAUGGAGCGGAACACCGAGGCGCGGAGUCACGGAUCGCGGUCCCGGUGUGAGGAGCUCCUCCGCGGCGACGCGUCCAUGAGCGUAUCGAUCAGCUCCACCACCGGGAGCCGCUUCGAGCUGUCCGUUCCUCUGGAGGAGACCGUGGAGGGGCUCAACCGGAGACUGUCCGAGAAACUCCGGGUUCCGAGGGAGCGACUGCUGCUGCUGCACCGAGACACGAGGUUAAACUCGGGAAAGCUGCUGGAUUUCGGUGUGGCUGACGGGAGCAGACUCACGCUGGUGCCCACGGUUGAAGCCGGACUGAUGUCGCAGUCGUGCCGCUCGGAGCAGUCGGUCCUGCAGGCGCUGGAGACGCUCUCAGACGCUCAGGUCAGUGACUUCCUGUCGGGACGGUCCCCGCUGACCCUUGCCCUGCGUGUGGGCGAUCACAUGAUGUUUGUGCAGCUCCAGUUGGCAGCUCAGGCAUCUGGAGGACAGCCAUCCCUUUCCAGGGGUCCUACGGGCCCCAGCGAGAUGCAUACAGGGGCCGUCAGCAGUGGAAACCCCUCAGACUCACAGCAGCGGGAAGUCUUCUCUGCCCCGCCCUCAUCUCAGGAUCGCCACGCCCACAGCGCUCCAAGCUCCGCCCCUGCUCUUCACUCGCAGCAUGUUUGCCACGCCCACAGCCCUCAAAGCCCCGCCCCUGCUCUUCACUCGCAGCAUGUUUGCCACGCCCACAGCCCUCAAAGCCCCGCCCCUGCUCCGCCCUGCAUUCAGGCUGAAGGCAGCAGACAGCGAUGCAAGCCCGGCGCCGUCAUCGAGAGCCUGGUCAAUCAUUCGCCGGGAGUUUUCUCAGGAACCUUCUCAGGUACUCUACACCCCACCUGUCAGGACAGCAGCGGGGGUCCUCGCCGCGACGUCAGCACCAUCCUGCAGAUCCUCAACGACCUGCUGAGCGCCACACGGCUUUACCAGAGAUCUCCUUCCACGCUGACGCACCUCCGCUGCCCUCCGACCUCACACACACCUCCACCCUCGCCGACCUCAGACACACACACACCUCCACCCUCACCUACCUCAGACACACACACACCUCCGACCUCAGACACACACACAUCUCCGACCUCACACACACCUCCACCCUCAACUACCUCAGACCGGCCACAGCCACAUGCACACCUGCGCAGGCCCUCCGGAGAGCGUCUGCGGCAGACGGAGAAUAAAGCCAUGCGCUGUAAGGUGGAGCAGCUGCAGCUCUUACUGCAGCAGCGGCGUCUGCGGCGAAAGGUCCGGAGAGACACUCGCGGCCCGUAUCACUGGAUGACCCACCGCCAGAACCUGUCCAGCGACGCGUCGAGCCGGCCUGGAAACCCCACGGCCCGGCAGACAUCAACCCGGAGUUUGUCGUGGUGUGACGGACGCAAGGAUGAAAGCGCGACACGACCUGGGCAUUAACGGCCGACUGACACGGUCCCUCAGGAGCCGCUCAAUGCCUUCACGGUCGGUUUGCAGGGAUUCUCAGUUCUCUUCACGGCUGUUCAAGCGCAGGAUGUAGCAUCUUCACAUCAGGUGUUCAGCUCUGGUGCAUGAGGUUUUGCACAGUUCAUUUCUCUUGAGCAUUAUGGGAUUGUACGUCAGUCAGACCGCUGAUUAUUUUCAGCCUGGAUUUGGGCGAAUCUCAUGAAAACAGCUCAUAUUUCACCCCAGAAUCAAAUGAAUAUGUAUAUUUGUCAUUUAAAGAAAAUGAAG